CUUAUCACUUCUGUUUUGCGAACGUUUCAGCGAACGUCGCAAUGAUAGUGUAGUCAUCACGCUCGCACUGAAGGCUCAGGGUUUCUCUUCUUCGCGCUGCGUCGCACAUUCCGUUUUUUUGUGUUCUCGUGGUGAAGUCGCCGGUCGCUUUGUCUGCCAUUACACGCUAUUUCCAGACUGAAUAAAAAAUAUUUAAAGUUGAUAAAUAGAAAGGUAAUGAAUGCAUUUAUAGCUGUAAAGGUGUGUGGAAACGUAAUUUCAUAUUUAAAGUGCAUACAUAUAUAUCUAAAUGUAUCCAUGAAGCAUAACAAGCUGUCACCGCAGCCGCCACCGUAUUCGCAGGAUCAGUAUCGCCCUGGUCCAACACCUAGCGCACCGCCAAAUGACAUGAUUCAUACGGCGCCAAUGAUGUCACCACGUCCCGAUGUCCACGUGACCCAACAACACACGGUGAUCGUUGACAACUCUGGCCUGACGACCUGUCCCCGUUGCCAGAAGCGGAUUUUGAUGCGUGUCAAGUACCAUGCCACAUGCACCACCUACUGCUGGUCUGCAUUGCUCUGUCUCUUCUUGUGCUGGCCGUGCGUCUGUUUGCCCUGCUGCUGCGACUGCGGCUACACAACGAGCCAAGUUUGCCCAAAAUGCAACGCUUACAUCUAAAGCUAAGCUGCUCGCUGAUAGCUUCAAGCAGAGUUCAUAAUCAUUCUUACAUAUUCCUUAAAUAUGCCAAAUAUGCGCACAUAUGCACAUAUAAAUUCACACAUAUAAAUAUAUAAUAAAUAUAUAUAUAUAAAUAUGUGUGUAUAUCAAGCAGCGACGUGACUCGAUAUAAAACUUUUCGCUUCCUUUCCUUAGCUUCCGUAGCAUAAACAAUUGCUUCAUAUAUACACUUAUCUGAAUUUAAUGUAAACAAACCAAUUUCUGAACUGCUUACGUAAGCAUUUAUAUUCUUGAUUUAUUUUAUUCAUACUUAAUAAACUGAGUUAAAAUUA